AGUCAGGGGGAGAGACAAAAACGAAAUUGUCAGUGAAAUCUGUCAAUAUGUGUCCAAAAUGGUAGAAGUAAAGAAAAAAUGAUGUUUCAAUUCAUCUAUUUAGCAAAAUAUCGCCGAAAAUGUGUCUGGUUUUCACCAAUGUUGUGUACCCUGGUGCUCUGGAGCUUUUUGCUAGUGAACCUUUGUGUACAAGUGGCCAGCAAGUGCAGUGAGCUCGAUGAAGAUACAAAUGGCUCUUGUAUGAAUGGCGGAUUUUGUCGGAAUGGGAGUUGUGUCUGUCCUGAAGGUUGGCAAGGUACCGAAUGCCAAUUUUGUGGGGGAAAAGUCAGACUCACCCAACCCUGGGGCAACAUUCACGAUGGCAUUGGCAAUUACUCCAUUGGGGUGAAGUGCAGCUGGCUGAUUGAUGCCCGAGACCAUGGUCCAAUGGGACAUUCUCUCACCAAGGGCAUCUCCCGGAGGGCCUCUAGCAUCCGGAUUCACCUUGAGGAGUUUGCCACAGAGUGCGGAUGGGAUCAUCUGUACGUCUACGAUGGAGAUAGUGUGGAAUCUCCGUUACUAGCUGUUUUUAGUGGCCUCAUGUACAAACAGAACUUCUCUAUUCGACGCGUUCCAGACGUCGUGGCACAUUCAGGAUCCGCCCUUUUGCAUUUCUUCAGCGAUGAUGCGUACAAUAUGUCUGGAUUCAAUAUAUCCUACAAGAUCAACGGAUGCCCAACGACUGACUCGAGUCUCGUGUGCUCGGGACAUGGUUUCUGCGACGAAGGAAUCUGCAAUUGUGAUGCUUUUUAUAUUGGAUCCGCCUGCAAUGUGCCAAUUUGUCCAAACAACUGUUCCGCCCAUCUCGGCCAGGGAGUCUGUGAUCGCGAGGGUCAUGCAUGCUCGUGCAAUGCUGGCUUUGCAGGCAGCGACUGCUCGCAGCUGGAGUCCCUGGGAUACUGGGACACAGUGGAGCCUGACUUUGCUCCAGAUGGCAGUGCUUCGCAUGGGGCUGCUGUUUGGCGCGAUACUCUGCACAUAAUUGCUGGAGAGAGUUAUGGACGUGGUCAGUUGCUCACAAUGUAUGAUUUCAAUGGGAAUGUUUGGGAAACGGCCCAUGUUGAGGGGACAAAUUAUCCAGAAAUUCGCUAUGGAGCUUCCACAGUGAUGUACGGUGACAAGAUCUUCAUGUAUGGCGGUGUAAUUGGGAACAAGGGCGUCUGUGGAGAAUUGUGGGCAUUCGAUGUGAGUGCACGUAGUUGGGAAAAUAUCACCGUGAAGAUUGAUCAGUGCAAUGCAACGUAUGCCAUGUGUGGACCAUUGAAAUCUGCUGGGCAUACAGCCACCCUGAUUCCAGGGUAUGAAAAUGGGAAGAAAGGCAAUUAUCAGUAUAUGGUGGUGAUUUUUGGGCAUUCACCCCAAUUUGGCUACCUCAAUACCGUGCAGGAGUACAAUUUUGGGACGAGGGAAUGGAAAAUUGUGAAUACGAGGGGUUUUCCUGUGAAGGGAGGAUAUGGACAUAGUGCCAGCUAUGAUUGGCUGACGGAGAAAAUUUAUGUCUAUGGGGGAAUUGUGUCUGAAAGUGAGAGUAAUCAAUUGCUUAGCAAUCGAUUGUACAGCUAUGAGCCUUUUACACGAACCUGGACACUUCUCACAUCAGCUUCCACAGCAAGAUUCCUGCAUACGGCUAAUUUUGUAUCACCUGGACUUAUGAUGGUAUUCGGAGGAAAUACUCACAAUGACACUUCACACAGUUUUGGUGCCAAGUGCUACAGUCGUGAAUUAAUGGUGUACGAUGUAAUCUGCGAUUCCUGGCACAGUCAACGGAUGCCGGCGGAAUUGAGAACGGAUCUGGCAAGAUUUGGUCAUUCGGCGGUGAUUUUUGAAAAAUCUCUGUAUAUCUAUGGGGGAUUUGAUGGUCAGAUGAUUGGGGAUAUGAUAAAGUAUAGUCCUGGGAAUUGUCAUAGUCUCCAGAAACCAGAAUCUUGUCUCAAUAGCCGUCCGGGAGUGAAGUGCGUGUGGGAUAUUCAAAAGUCCAAAUGUCACGCGGUGUCAGAUGUUCAGAAGACUGUAGUUUUUAGCAGGGAUCAGGAUGUCUAUAUGACAUGUCCGGAAGUGAGUAGAAUUAAGAUGACGCAACAGCAUCUCCAUGAUGCUGAACGUUGUGGUGAACUCAGUGAUUGCCAGAGCUGUGUUUCGACAUCUUUCGGAUGCACUUUCUGUGGUGGAAAUGGGGGAUCGUGUACGAAGGACAAAUGCAGGGAAGUCCUAAUAGAUGGCAAUGGGAAUCUUUCCGUCCCCAUUCGGGAGAUUGAUCAGUGUAGUAGGGAUCCAAAUCCAGUAUGUUUGCAAUUGCACGGAUGUCAGGCUUGUACGGCUAAUGUUCUUUGUCAUUGGGAUUAUGAGGCUAGUCGGUGCAAAGCGGCUGGAAAUCGUACAGCCAAUGACAUUGCUGACACUCUCCCAUGUCCACCGGCCUGUGCUGCCCUUACGAGUUGCGAAAAUUGCACUCAGGGUGAGUGUAUCUGGUGCCAAAAUGAACAACGCUGUGUGGACAAGAAUGCCUACACGGCGAGCUUUCCGUAUGGGCAGUGCAGAGAGUGGACAACACUGUCCAGUAAGUGUCGGGCAGCGGUUUCCGGGAAGUCUCAGUGUGGAUUCUAUCGGACGUGCUCACAGUGCAGGGAUGAUCCGGCCUGUGGCUGGUGCGAUGAUGGUUCCCGAACGGGGCUGGGGAAGUGCUUGCCGGGAGGUGAUAGUGGACCCCAGGAGGAGAUGGAGUGCCCCGUCCACAGAUGGCACUUCACUCAUUGUCCCAGUUGUCAGUGCAAUGGUCACAGCACCUGCAUCGAUGGCUACACUUGCCGGCAGCCCUGUGGGAAUCUCACCACAGGGCCCCAUUGCGAUAAAUGUCGCACGGGCUAUUGGGGCAAUCCAGUGAAUGGGGGCACAUGUCAGAGGUGCGAAUGCAAUGGACAGGCCACUCAUUGCAACAGUGAAACGGGAAAGUGUUACUGCAGCACAAAAGGUCUUGCAGGGGAUCACUGUGAGAAGUGUGAUGCCACAAAUCACUAUCAUGGGGACCCUAGUAAGGGGAGCUGCUACUACGAUCUCACCAUUGACUAUCAGUUCACGUUCAAUCUGUCCAAGAAGGAUGAUCGUCACUUUACACAAAUCAACUUCCGCAAUUCACCUAUGAAGUCAGAUGUUGAUGCGGACUUUACCAUCAUCUGCAGUGUUCCGGCAAAAAUGAAUAUCACAAUUCGGACGGCUGGAGGCCCCGAAAAACCCCUCAUCACAGGAGUCAAUUGCUCCACUUUUAGGCAUCGCUUCUCCAAAACGGAACAUCUCUUUGGGGUGGAGGACAAUGUGACGCUAACUACGUUCUACGUCUACGUCUAUGAGUUUCAACCACCGCUCUGGAUACAGAUUGCGUUUUCGCAGUAUCCUAAACUUAAUUUGCAACAAUUCUUCAUCACUUUCUCCACUUGCUUCCUUCUUCUGUUGCUCAUGGCAGCAAUUUUGUGGAAAAUCAAACAGAAGUACGAUAUGUUUAGGAGACGACAGAGGCUGUUUGUGGAGAUGGAGCAAAUGGCUUCACGUCCGUUCAGCCAAGUCGUGGUGGAAAUUGAAAACAGGGAAUGCAAUGAGCUUUCACCGGCUGUUGAGACGAUAACGAGUGUCCCUAAAAAGCGAAAAAAGGACGCACCAAGUCCCAUUGCCCUGGAACCGUGCAGCGGUAAUAGAGCUGCGGUUCUUUCACUUCUAGUCCGGCUGCCAACGGGUGGCCAUCAACAUGCUCCGCCAGGGCAGGUGGCUGGAUUGGCGGUGGCAAGUGCUCUUGUGACUCUUGGCAAUCCACGAAGGCCAUCCAUUGAGCACCCCAAGGAGCCUAAAGCUAAACGAAAACAGAGUCAACAUCCAGACAGUUGUAUAUAAAAAAAAAUUAUAUAUAUUAAAAAAAAGCAUGGAAAAUAGGAAGAAAAAGAGAUAGGAGAGUGUUUUAUGAAAAGUGUUUUGAAAGAUAGGCGAGUUUCCAAGAACAAAAACCCUCUGGCCAAGAAGGUUAAAAAAAAAACAAUAUGGAAGAAGGAUACUGUGUGAAUGUGUGCGCUGCUAAUGUGAAAAGAUAUAGGUAUUAGUUUAUUAACUUAGGGAUUAUGUAAAUCUCUUUUUUCAUAUUUGAUUGAAAAAGAAAAAUUUUACCUCUUAAGUCUAUUUAGAUACAAAAUAAUAAAAAAAAGAUGAUAUGAAUACACCUAUUCCCACGUAUUUAAUCAAUUUUAACUUUACAAAAAAAGUUAUAUUUUUUAUGAAAAUUGUGCUAAAUAGUGAAAACAAAUUGAAAAAAAAAGAAUCAAAUUGAGUAGAAUUUCUGCAGACGAAGUAGUGUUUGAACGAAAAGACAUUUUACUGCUGCCACUGAUAAAGAUUUAUUAAAUAUCUCAAUAACAAUUUAAGUAUAGGUAUUUGUGCUCCCUUUUUCCCCUCCGAAGUGUAUUUUGAGUUCAUUUUUAGCUGUGAUUCUUUCACAAUCACAGCCAUUGUAAUGUUGCGGUUCAGUCAAUUUUAUUUUUUAAAUAUCAAGUCACUCGGAUUAAAUACACACGUUAUGAUAAAACAGAAUAGAGGUGAAGAAGUGAAAACAUAUAUUCUAACAAUUUAAAAUAAUACAUAAAAUAGAAGAUAAAAAGAAAGACGUGAAAGAAAAAAAUUACAAUGUAAAACAUUUUAGAUAAAAUACAAUACUCAACAAUAUUAAUUUUUAAUGUGAUAGCAUUAGAUUUGUAGGAUUUUUAAAAUGAAAUGACGAUGAUUUGGAGGCAAAUAGUGAGCCAUUGUAUGAUUAAUAUUGAGCAGCACGUGUGGAUUUUUGCUUCUACAAAACACUCAUUUUUUUAAAAUUUUAUUCUGUUAUUGUUUAAUGUUUUUUUUUUUGGAAAUUAAAUUUUCAAUUGAUGCAUCUUAUUUAAUGCUUUUACUCUACUUACACAAAAAAUUACAGCAUUAGUCGCGGUUGGUGUAUUGAUAAAAAGACAAUUUUCCAUUUUUCUUUUUAAAAUAUCCUGUUUUUCAAUUUUUCAAUUUUAACACAACGACUAUUAUAAAAAAGCUCCAAUUUUUGUGGAAAAAGAUAAGGUAGUUUAAUAGUAAAACUUUAUAAAUUGUCAGAUAAACAAAAUUUUUAAAUCAUAUUUUAAAAGUAUAUUAAAUAAUAUUUUAAUCAAGAGUUUUGAAUAUUAUUUGUCAAAGUAAAAGUCUUAUUAAAAUUGUAUUAAAUAUUACUUGAAAUUAAAAAAAAUACUCUGACAAAAAAUUUGUAGACAGAAGUUGAAAAUGGUUUCAGUCCAUAAAUUUGUCAAAAUCCUUUUACUUUAACAGAUAAGUUUGUAAUUUGAAUAUAUUACAAACCAGGUUGGUUCUAUCAUACUAGGAUUUUCACAAUUUAAUUUUGAAUUCAAUUGAGCCAAUUGAGCAUUAAAAGAUUUCUAGAAUUUACUUGAAAAUUCUCACAGCCAGACACAUUUUGCAGGAAAUUUGCUCAAUUUUAAAUAGUUCCGCGAGAUUUUUGAUUGUGAAUGACUCCGGAAAAUGUGUCACUUAUCUGUUAUGCAAAAGAAUUCCUAAAGCCAUAAGAAAGGGUUGUAGGCAGGGGGACUCAUGAAGAUACUCUCAUACAGUUUGGAGUAUCUUGUUGAAAAUCUGUAUCAAGUCAUCCCAACUGAGAUUUUUCGACACAACAAUGUCCUUCGAAUUACUUUGGAGGAACUCAACAAAUUACUCCCAAAACUGAAGCUUUACUCGCGUACAAGUUUAUCACUAAUCACUAUACUUAUUUUAUUUUUUUUGGCCACAAAUAAUAAUUAAUUACGAGUGAAUAAAUUUAAUAAGAACAAUUUGGUUCAAAAGGAUACUUGUUUACUUGCAAUAAAAUUGAAAUUAAUGAGCAAUUUUAACAUUUUAUUUUGCUGAAUUCAAAUUUAAUUGAGCAACCAUAUUUAUAUUAUUUUAGCAUAUUUAAACAUAUUUUGGUGCGCUAAGUACUUUAUAUCAAUAAAUAAGCGAAAAUCUAUCAAUUAAAAUGAUUUUUAAUACAAAAUAACGCAUAGGAACAAUUCAUCUGAAAAUUUAAUUGAAUUUACAAAUUAAAAAAAUCCUAGUAUGAUAGCACGGUUAAGCAUGCUCAGUAAGCAUGCAAGUUGGUUCGUAAACGUUUUUUUCUGACAAAUUUUCAAUUGCUUCCGUGGGUACUACCGCAGUAAAAAAAAGAGUUAAAAGUAUUGAAACAUUAUUGUCUUUCAAAAGCUGUCUGAAUAUUUUAAAGUUUAGUAACAUUAUUGAUAGGUCUCAAGAAGGUCUAGAAUAGACCAUAUUUAAAAAAAAGAAAAAAAAAUUAAACAAAAUAGUGUUUUCGAUAUUAGCACAGGAAAUUAAUAAGGGACCCGUUUUAUACACGAUUUUCAAAAACUUUUAUUAAAAGUUGCGAGAGAUCAAAGCAGUGAUCACCCUUAAUAAAUUUGGAAAAAAAAUCAAAUAAAAGGUUGGAUUGCCAUUAAAAAAUUAUUUUUUCAUAAUUAUUCGUCGCUUUUAACGAAUUGUCUUUUGCAAUAUGAGUUCCACUAGUAACUAAUAGAAAACAUUUUGCAAAAAAAAAAAACAAUUAGUAAAAAGCAGCAAAUAAUUUUCAAAAAAUAACCUUAUUUUGGGGUGACAAUCCAACAUACAUGCUUUACUUACAUGAUUUCUUUAUGAGCCCGAAAUAUAUAGUGAAAUGAAUCUGGGAUAACUAUUUUUUUUUUCAGUUUAUCAUUCUCAAAAUUAUAAAUAAUGUUUAAAACAUCGAAAUUUAAAGUAUCACAAAAAUCUGCCUAGUUUAAAAGGUUGAUUUAUUGAAAUAACUGCUUAUCCAAACCUUCACGACUUUGUAAGUUCGAACUGGUAGGGUCAUUAUUUAUUCGUUAUUAUUUACUUAUUUUUCUCAAAGAAAUAUUCGAAUUAUUUUUAGUAUGAUUAUAAUUAUUACUAAUAAGUAACCCAGAGCAUGAUUUUUAUAAUGUCUACUCAGAUGAAAAUUUCUACACAAAAAUUGGAGUUAUAUUUCUUGAAAAUUCACUCUAGCUUCUUCAGUUGGUAAACUAAACAAUGUUUAGGAUUUUUUGAAAGGAAAUCGUGAAAAUAUGCUUUUUUUCUAUACUCUACAUCUCUUAUUUUUAGUAUCUGUUCAUGUGUGUACAAGCACAAUUUAUUUUACUUCCUUUGCUAAUUUUAUGUUACUCAUUGAGAAACAAAAUCGUUUUACAAUAGAUAAAAAAAACUGAGAACAUUUCUUUAUGAUUGAAUCAAGGGUAUUUAGAGAAAAAAAUUAAAUUGUAUCUGUAUUGGAGAUUACUGAUAAUAAUGCUGCGCAAAAAAAAAGAAAGAAGUAAAUAAUCAUAUGGAAAAAGGGUACUUAGAAGUGAAAGAUGAAAUAAAUAUGAUAGUAAAGUGUGAGAAAACAAAAUUAAUUGUAUAAUAAAAAAUACAGAUAAAGGCUGAAUAAGUAAGAAUUUUCACAAUUGUACGUGAGGAAAAGAUUUAUAUACAGAUGAUAUAAAAAUAAGUAGUUGUCCCUCGUAUAGAACUACAAAAAAAAAAAAGAAAAUGCUUCGUCAAAGUAUUUUGUUUCUGCGUUCUUUUGCUCAAUGAAUCAACUGAGAAAAAAGUCUGUGAAUAGAAAUUUCACAGUGAAAUAAGAACAUGAAGAAUAGAGUCAUUAAAAAUAUAUAAUUGAAAUCUGUGUGGUGGAUAUUGGAUCAGAGAAGAAUAGUUGUACAAUAAUUUAAAAAGAAAGAUAUCAAUUGUUUGCCAUUGUCAUAGUGCUUCUUUUCUUUUAGAUUUGAUCACUUCAUUAUGACCUUUUUGCAUAUCAAAUUGUUGGUCAUUCUGUCGAAAAGGGUUUUAUUUCCAUCAAAUUGGAAAGUGUAUCAUCAACAGAAUUCAGUUAAUAAGUAACAAAGUGUUCAUGCAAAUAUCUUUAUACAAAUAAUUUGAACUAAUGCAUUUUUGUUAAACUUAUCAUUUCAUUGUGUUUUUUUUAAUAUUAAUUUACAUAACUUUUUUUGAGUAUUAGGUUUUUUAUAUUUUAUUAAAUGUGUGAAGUAUGAGUGAAUAGUAGUAUUCUAUAUUAAAAAACAAAAACAGUUUCCAAAUCUUUCUUUAAAGAAGAAUAGAGAACCCUUUGAAACAAUAUUAUUAUUUUUAUAUGAUGUUUUCUCAUUUUAUUUUGUUUGUAACUACUGAUUUUUGUAAAUACUAUAUUUUCUAGAAAUUGAAUUAAAAGAUAUUUUUUACGUUUACUGAAUUCAUUAUUGGACAAAAACAUUAAUUAUAUAUUAUUGAGAAAAGAAUUGUACAUAGACAUUACAAUAAAGAGAGGAAUCAGUUGGAAAUGAUAAUAAAAGCAUGAUUCUUUAUGAAAUAUU